GUGUGUACAUAGCUGUAGGAGCCGUUAUGGGACCGAGGUGAGCUACAGUUUGUAGCAUAAAUAGUGAGUGUAGAUGUGGAGGAUGUAGCACAUGUUGCCAUCUGUAGGUUGUGUGGAAAUUUACUUUGAGUAAAACUGUAACUUGUCUGACUGACUCCAACAGCAGAGUGAGACAUCUAAACGAGGAAGUAAUGUUUUCUUUGUGCAGUUAAUGAUUACUGGUUAAACAAGGAACACCUGUCUUUCGAAUUUUUGUCACAUAGCGGCUUGCUGAUGUCCAAGAAAAAUGUAAAGACUGCCUGCUUCAUAGCUAAGACAAACACUUUCUCCUCCAGCUGUUUUUUCAUUUAGUUGGUGUUAGGUGUUUGUUCAAAGACUGUUGUAAGGUCAUCUUUUACCAGGACAUUCAAACAGACUUUAAAGUCUUGUUUUAACAAUCUGCUAAGUACAAAAACUGCUCAAUUAAAAUACCUAGUUUUCAAUAAAUCUACAAGAAUGUGUUUGGGUAAACAUAUAAACAUUUAUACUAAACGGCAACGUUGCUGAACAUUUGUUUUCACAUAUUUUAGUCAUGUUUCACCUAUCUAAACUUGUUUAAUCUAAAUUAGGAAAGCAUUCAACUGCUCCUGAAAUCUCUUUUCCCUCUGUGGCCAGUAACAUGGCAAUAAAGUCCUGGCGCCAAGCACCCCAGUUGCUUAGUAACGACAUUAAACAAGGAACCUUGACUUUCCCUGUUUGGUGUAGGGAGGCUUGGGAAAUGCUGAUAUACACAAGCGGUGCAUUCCUGAUCUUUCCUCUGGAUUUGGCGCUAGGAUUACCAAGUAUUAUCAGAGCAACUUGUACAUGCUGACUACAUCAGAAAUGUUUUAAAGAGUUUUUAUGCUUUGCUGCUGUGCUAUAACGUUAUGACUUCACCGAAGGAGGGUUUUUUGUUACAAGGGCAAGAGGCUUCGAGCUGAAUGGCUGGUUCACAGGAGCUAAAGCUGUUGGUGUGUUUUUAAAACUGAAGACAAUCUCAUCAAUCAAUUAACAUCAACUCAGGAAAAAAGGAAAUAAAAAAUGUACCAUGCCCAAGGGGAAGGGAGCCAAAGGGACAAAGCUGACCCUCAAGAUUGCCAAAAAGGCAAUACGGAUGACCCCAGAUGGACGGCGCCGACUCACCCUUAGUAACAUGGGGAUAACCAUCUUCCCAAAGUGUCUCCUAAAACUGACCAAUGUGGACGAGCUGGAUCUUAGCCGCAACCUGAUACAGAAACUCCCAGAUAACAUCGGCAACUUUGCGUCACUCAGAUGGCUGGAUCUACACAGCAACAAGCUGGAGUCUCUGCCCGAAUCCAUUGGCAACCUGGUGGGACUGACCUACCUCAACCUCUCAAACAACAGGCUAAUCUCUGCAGGUUUGCCCUCCACACUGGGUCUUCUCACCAGCCUGAAGAGUCUCAAUCUGGGGAUGAACCAGCUGGACACCCUGCCCUCCACUAUGAUGGCUCUGGAUAGUCUCCAAGAGUUAGGUCUGUUUGAUAACCUCUUCAUCAGUCUACCAGAGUUCCUGAAAGUCCUGCGCAACCUCACCAAGCUGAACAUCACACGAAAUCCGCUAUCGUAUGUUCAGGGGGAUGUCGAGGGGAUGCAGCAGGGAAAAUCAAAAGCAGAGGAAGAUGGCUAUUUGGUCCAUGAAAGCAGCCUGUGUAGGACAUGCCUCAAGAGAUGUAAAGAGCAGAGGGAAAGGCCUACAAGAGGAGGAGGAGGAGAGGGAGGUGGUGACAGAUUUGAGGAAAAAAGGAUAAGGACUUAUCAAGGCCUGAUGGCGCCAAACUCAGUGGCUAUAGUCAGUCAAGACGUGUGGAGAGUAAGGAAGGUGGAACACAAGCUAAUCAAAUGACCAAACAGAGCCACAAAAGUCAUCUUAACUACAGAACAAAUAGAAUGAAUGCCACUUUUAGGCAGCUCUAAAACUUUAAUAAUAUCUGCAUAAUACAUUACUGUAUGUCCACGCAGCUAUUUCCUUGAUGUAUUUUGUCUCAGUUGGUGAAACAAAAAGAGUAAUUACUUGUAACUGUUGCUCUUGGAUGACUGUGCAUAAAAAGUGGCCCACAAUAAAAGAUUUUUCAA